UCACUGGCUAUUUGGACAAAUCACGAUUUCGCAAGGUGUCAGCAUCCUUCGAAUUUCAGAAGAGGAGGGUACAUUUGGACAAUAGACUUGACGCUCUUCGUUCUGGUUCCGAUCCUCGUUCUAUCUCUUCUCUUAACACAUAUGGACCCAGAACUUAAUCAAGUCAAUCUGACCAAUUACGCAAGACUUUAGUUCUGGGUUAACCAAGAGUAAAUAGUCAGUGAAUAUGAAUGUACUGUAUCACAAGAGAAUAAAACACUGUCUUUUCUUUCUAUUGGCUGGCUGUGUUGCCUGGUGGGCUCAUAGAGUGGGUUUAAAGUAUGGCUGGCUUGUCUCCUCCUGCUGCCUCAUGCCCUCCUGCUGCUGACCCUAAUGGCCAUAACUCUGGUGUCCUCCAGCUACCCUCAGCCACGCCUCCGACCCAUACACAGAGGCACCUCUCCAGGCGAUCCAGGAGACAAGCGGGAGUAUUGGGAGGUUCUCUGGCCCUCCAUCUCGCUCCGUGAUCGGAGCAAGCAGAUGAUGUCAGCCCCAGACUUUGGUGCGGCCAAGUGCAAGGCAGAGCUCCUGGGGGAGCAGUGGCUCCCAAUGGUGGGCCAGUCGCAGAUGGACGAGGACAUGGCCAAGGGCUGGCUGGGUGACUGGGCUCUGCAGGGAUCUAACAAUGAGGAGAAGAGGAACAUCGUGGUGGCAGAUUAUGCAGCGUUCAGGGAGAAGAGUAAGCUGCUAACUGCCAUUUAGAGAAAGAAGUGGCUUAACUCCUAU